AAAGCAACUAUCAGCCCUGUGGCUUUCCUCCCUAGGCCCCUGCAGUCAGCUGGGCUCCAGGCCUUUGCCCGGCAGCAGGCCCUGGAGAGGAGGGCGGGGCUGGUUGCUAAGGUUUCAGGUGGUGUAGAUCCGGAAGCAGGAAGCAGUGAGUUCCCAGGACCUACCUGGUUUACGGGAGAGGGUGCCACUAGAGGCAGGCAGGGGCACUGGAAGUAGCCUUGCUGGGAGAGAGGAGGUAGCUGAGAUGGGACUCUCUGCUGAGGAGCUGAAGCAGGAGCUCGAGGCAACUGCAGAGGAAGUACUGGGGAGACUGAAGAGCCGGCAGCUGUUCCAGUCUGAAUGGGACAUCGCUGCCUUUGCAGUCUUUCUCACGUUUGUGGGCACUGUGGUGUUGCUGCUGUUGCUGGUUGUUGUCCACUGCUGCUGUUGCUGCUGCUGCAGCACCUCCCCUAGGCCCCGGAAGGAAAAGCCCAAGGGCGUGGAUAACUUGGCCCUGGAACCUUAAUGCUAGCUCACCCUUGGCACGGGUCCUGCUGGAUGACAUUAACAGAGCCAAUGUUUGCCAGA